UCGCUCCCGAGUGCGUCGCCGUUCGACUUCCCUGGAAACCGUGGCCCGCCGUCGCCGCGUUCCGUUACCCGCGCUCCUUCGCGGCCCAAGCCUCUGGCGCCGAGCACCGCGGCCCGGGUGCAGCAUGGAGGCGAAAGCGGCAGCCACGCCGGCUCCUGGCGGCGGCGUGUGCUCGGUGACCGCGGAGGAGACCGAAAAGUGGAUGGAGGAUGCGAUGCAGAUGGCCAAGGAAGCCCUAGAAAAUAUUGAAGUUCCUGUUGGCUGCCUUAUGGUCUACAACAAUGAAGUUGUGGGGAAGGGACGAAACGAAGUUAAUCAAACCAAAAAUGCUACCCGACAUGCAGAAAUGGUGGCCAUUGACCAGGCCCUAGACUGGUGUCAUCGAAGUGGCAAGAGUCCUUCUGAAGUAUUUGAACACACCGUGCUGUAUGUCACCGUGGAGCCCUGUAUUAUGUGCGCGGCUGCUCUCCGCUUGAUGAAAAUCCCGCUGGUUGUGUAUGGCUGUCAGAACGAACGGUUUGGUGGUUGUGGCUCUGUCCUAAAUAUUGCCUCUGCUGAUUUACCAAAUACCGGGAGACCAUUUCAGGGAAGGUUUAUGUAGGCCAUAGAGGCUCAGGUAAGAGCUGACUGAAGGCACAAGAGAAAGGGAGGUUCGUUCUGACCAAUAGAUCACACCAGCCAGGCCCUUGUGUCGGUGCUCAUUACCAGCCUCCCCUCCUGUGGCUGCUUCCAGAUGUGCCUCCCCAGAAUCUCUGUUCAUUUUAUCAUUUCAUGCACCUUAGAAGGAUGCCAUGUAUCAAGUCCAAAUUCCUGUGACACAGCUUCAAAGCCCUGCAUAUUUUGACCUCAUUUUAUCUAAUUCUUUAUCUAUAGGCCCCCACCCCCCAUUAGUUGGUUUCCUCACAUAGCCCAAGCUUAUUCUUACUCUUUCCCUGAACUGCUCUGCUCAGUGUCUUAAAAUAUUUUUCUCUUAAUUUUUAAUUUUUAUUUAUUCUAGAGAGCACACGUGCACUUGCAUGUGAGUUGGGGGAUAUGGCAGAAGGAUAGAGAGAGAGAGAGAAUCUUAAGCAUCCUCAGUGCCUCGGGGGUAGCCCGUCUAGAGGCUCGAUCUCAUGAUCCUGAGAUCAUGACCUGUGCCUAAAUCGAGAGUUGGAUGCUUAACUGACUGAGCCACUAGACAUCUUAAAUAUUUGCUAUCUUUAAGACAAGUUCAGAUUUCAUCUUCUUAUAAUAUUUCAUGUAAUUUCACUCCUUACCAUUAUCACAGUUUCUUAUUCUUUCACGUAUCGAUCUCCUGUUAGAUACCAAAGACAGAUCAAACUGAACACUUUAAAAAAGAUUAUUUAUCUGAGAGAGAGGGAGCACAAGGAGCGGGGGCAGAGGAAGGCCAGCUCUGCACUAAACACAGAGCCCCUCCCGGGGGCCAACCUCACCACCCCAAGAUGGGCCACUGGUAAAUAGGAGUAGAGAAAAAUAGUUCAUGCUUAACAAACACUGAAGAUAUGCGAGGUAUGUAACAGGUGUUAUUUUUGUAAUCUUAUUUAAUCUUCAUGAAAUCCCUCUGAGGUAAGUGCUAUAAUUACCUACCUUUUACACACAAGAAAGCUGAGGCACAGAGAGUUUAACUGUCAUAUGGAAGAUCACACAGCUAAUAAUUUAGUGCGUGGUUGAGAAAGAACAGUUGAUUGGAGCGAUGUUGAGUUCAUACAUCUGUUCUUUUGGUAAUGUUCUUACUUACCCACAUUGCUGCUAUCCCCAAAGUAUAUUAAUGUUAUCUGAAAUAAGUUUAUGUAAUUAUGUAUACAUUGCUGUGUUUAUGGGAUAUAGGCCACAUUUUCAUAUGCCAAAAUUCAUUCUCAGUUUUCUCAUU